AUGAUUUUUAUAAAAGCAUUUUUUACCUGCUCAAAAAGAGGGGUUAAUUUCGUAAAAGUAGGUUUUUUUUUUUCAAAUAGCUCACUCAUGGAGAAUGAAAUUAGAAAAUUUUGCUUGUCACAUAAAUUUUAUAGAAACGCAUUGUUUAAUUGCACACCCAUUAAAAUCUUUACUCCCCCCCUCCGUGAGUGAACAAAACAUUUAGAAAAAUCGCUAUUUUUUGCCCAAAAACCCACCCUCCGUGAGUGAACAAAAAUUUUUUUAAUAGAAAAAUUUUUUAUGGAAAAAAUUUUUGAUAUAUAA